AUGGUUGUUGCUUCACCAGCAGGUCUUUUAGUAAGCGGGUUCCUUGGUUUAAUCACCAGAAGAAUGCAAGUUCUGAUUAUUGGUAAGGAAUACCCAAGAUCGUUUAACAGAGUGCCAGGAUAUCUUUACUCAGUCGGUGCAUUCGUUGGAGGGUACUUAAUUUUCAGUAAUAUCGUUGAAAACAACAGAGAGUUAUUGGACAGAAGAUUGAGUAUUUUACGUGAACAAAGAGCACUUAAGGAUGCAUUCCAUGAAUUCAAGGAAGAACCAGACCAUAGAUUUAUCGCCGAAAAGAGAGGCAGAUUCUUCAAGUUGAUGGACAAAUUUUCGACCACCGACAAAUAG